AUGGGUGCGAAUGCGGCGCGGUGCUGCGUGCAUCGCAUCACUCCGUUGCCGCCGCCGCCGCCUCCGUCUCGUCCGUCGUCACUCUGCGUUCGUCCCUACGAUCAACGAAGAAACGACCGCCAUGCCAACCGGCACGGACCGACGACCAACCGACCGACCGACCGACCAACCGACCAGCCGGCUGAUACACAGCAGCAACGCGACACCGCGCCCGCAGCGGCACGACUUUUCGAUCGGCGCUGA